AUGAGCCCGUUGGACUGGCGUACGAGCCUAGGUUUCUCUGCGAGACUGCUAGCAGUUACCAAGAUGCAAGUAAAGUACCAUCCAUCUCCAUGCACGUAUGCCACGGCUGGCGACGCCUCUGACCACUUCACAGAGCAGCCGCUUACCAGGUCUCUGAUCCAAGCACCCCAGCAGCCGAAGCACGUCGAUGAGGAUUAUGUACCAACUCCAGGCGGGCUCGACAUUGGCAACUAUCAAAAUGCCAUUUACCACAAGGAGGGUCUGUUCUCUGUCGUCUACAAAGCUGCCAUUUCACAAGGAGAGGGAUAUUUCCCUUCCAGCACACCCGGUGCCAAGCAACUGAUAGCAUUGAAAGUUACCACUCCCUCCACAAUGGAACCUCCGCACAACUCCAAGCGCGAAGCUCGGAUUUUGGAGAAGGCUGCAUCGCAGCACGUGAUACCCCUCGUGGAAGCCUUCCGUGAAGCCGGGGCGCGAUUCGUGCUCGUCUUUCCCUUUAUGCGGUUCGAUCUUCAUACCUUGCUACAAAAGAACAAAUUAUCCAAAGAGCAGGCUCGCUCCACCAUCAGGGACUUGUUCCUUGGCCUUGGGUUCAUACACGACAGAGGCAUCAUUCACAGAGAUGUGAAGCCUGCCAACAUCUUACUCAAAUCCCUAGACGGACCAGCCUACCUGACUGAUUUUGGUAUUGCGUGGGCUCCCAACGACGUGGAUUCGGAACCGGCCAAUUCCAAAAUCACAGAUGUUGGAACGACCUGCUACCGACCCCCUGAGCUCCUGUUUGGAAACAAAGCAUAUGGAUGCAGCCUUGAUAUGUGGGCUGCGGGGUGUACAGUCGCCGAAGCAGUCACGCCCGGACACGCAACAUUAUUCGAUUCCGGAGAGCUCGGUAGUGAUCUUGCUCUUAUUCAAAGCACAUUCAGCAAGCUAGGAACUCCAGAUCUGGAGGUAUGGCCGGCUGCUAGAUUUCCGGACUGGGGCAAAGUGCAGUUUUACGAAUACGCUCCCCAAGCAUGGUCGGACCUUUUGCCCGGCGCUUCCGGAGACGAGUGCGACUUGGUGAAGCAGCUGGUGCGGUAUGAAAGCGGACAGAGACUGAGUGCAGCGCAGGCUCUGGACCACGCUUACUUUGGACGAUGA